AUGUCUCCCACAGAUCCCUCUGACCCACUGAUCAUUUUCGACCGGCACGAUGCCUUGUUCACCCGGGGGGCGCCGCCGACAUUUGCAUCUCGAGAAGAGUCGCCCUCAGCUCUACUGUUUGUAGAUGUCACGACAAAGAAGAGCCAAUCGGAGAAACGCAGGAUUCGCGCUCACAUUAUGCAUGCUUCACACGAAGCUAAAAGACGUCAGGCCUUGGAGGUCACCAAACGUAUAUCAAGUCCAUUGCAGGAUGCGAGCUUUGCAAGUGUCGAUCCAUUCGACUCGCUACCCGUGAAAACCAUCCCCGGGGUGCAUGAGCUAGUCGUAGAGUACUUCGCCGAAUACCCGGGUUGCAUACCACUCGUCGACGACAGAUGGCUUCGGGGCCAGGACCCGGGACAGCCAGUGACUGCAAGACGCAGUAACACACAAUGGGACAUGAUCUGCUCAGACGAAACCUGCCUCCUGUCGUUUCUCUCUGGAUUCUCUCGCCUGCACAUCACCUUCAACCCUGACCCUCCCCCAGAACGGAGAGCAAACCAUCUGAGAGCGAAACAAGAGCUCUUGAGGUCUAUCAGAGAGAGACUUCCCUCAGCAAAGACGAAGCCAUCCGAAAUAUCCGGAGCCUACGUCUUUGCCAUCAUCUGCGCAGGCGGCAGCGAGGCCAUGUACACCGACGACCCCGCCCUCGCCCUCUCCCACCUCCACGGCGCCCUCGAGCUCAUCCGCCUGCGCGGCGGAAUCGACUCCUUCGACCGCAUCACCCGCCGAGGCCUCAUCUGGGGCGAGUUCCACAUCUGCGCCGCACACCAGCUGCGCCCCACAAUCGUGCCUCCGCUGCCCCCGCCCUGGGACGACUCUUCUCCCACCACCACCACUCUCCCCUCCCGCUCCUCUGCAUCAAAGAGCCCCGCCGCCGGCACCGCCUUCCCCUCACCCCCAUCAUCAAAUUCAUCCUCACCCUCCUCCUCCUCCUCCCCUCCUUCCUCCGCUUCCUCCUCGCCCCCUCCCCCCUCCCCCUUCCCCCCGCACUUCCGCGCCUUCCUUGCCGCCAUCCACGCCCGCACAACCGCCCUCCUCCCGUCGUCCCUGUCCCCGUCCCCGUCCUCGCCCUCGUCGUCCGGGACGUCCGAACUCUCCCGCAUCUUCGCCGCCCUCACCCUCGUCUCCCUCGCGUCGACGACUACCUGGGCCCCCAUCGUGCACGCCGACGGGCCGACGCGCGAGGCGGUUGCCGCCGUGCUGGACGAUGCUACGUAUAGGUUGCUGGUGUUGUGUGCUGUCGACGACGAUGGCGACGAUGGCGACGGCGCCGAGGAUGAUGGUGGGGGCGGGGACGGGGAGGAGGAGGGGGAUGAAGAGGACGCCACCACCUGGGCGCAAGCCGUCCUGCUAAACGCCGCGAACGCAUACGUCUGGGCGGAGCUGAGCGAGAUCUUCACCGGGACGAAGGGGCACAGCGCGAUGCUGAGGCGGCUGCGGCGGGUGUUGGAGGGGGGAGUAGGGGUUGUGACUGGGCCUUCAUCAGGUCCUUCCCCCGGAGGAGGAGGGGGACAGGGAGGAGGGGGAGGGGCGAGGGGUGGGGUGUUCAGCGGUGCCCUGAGUGUCGAGGCGCACAUGUGGGCGCUGGUCGUGGGGUGGACGCUGGCGGAGGGGUUGGCGGCGGCGAGCGAGAAACUGCGCGGGACGAGCGCGAAAGAAGACGAGAUGGUGGGGUGGUUCGAGGACCGGGUUGUGGAGUUGCUGCGGGAGGCGCGGAUAGGCGAGAUCGAGCGCGCGGCGGAGUUGGUGAGGGAUUUCCCCGGGACGGAUGCGUUUUGGGCGAAGUGGCAUCGGUUGUUGCUGGGUGAUAGGUUUCGCGGGAGGCGGUGGCAGGGGUCGGUGGUUUGUUGA